ACUUUUAGUUUAUUCUUUAAGCAUUUAUCCAACGAAGUGAAAAGAGGCCACGACGCAGAAAUUCAGUGGGAGCAACGGCGACAAAUUAAUAAUGAAAGAGUGAUUAAAAUGAAACGGAAGACGAUGAAAUGAAACAUUUUGAAGAAGAGAAUCGUUUAGUGUGGGAAGAGGAAGGUGAUGAUGAUAUCAGGUGGAGGAAAAUCAUCUUGGACUUCUUCAACGUCGUCGUGGAUACCCACAACAUCGGUGUCCGCUUCGGGGAGGAGGAUUCAGAGGGAAAUGGUGGAACUCAACAACGACCCUCCUCCUCAUUGCUCUGCUGGCCCUAAGGGCGAUAACCUCUAUCACUGGAUUGCCACCAUUAUUGGCACCCCAGGAACACCCUACCAAGGUGGCAUUUUUUUCCUUGACAUCAAGUUCCCAAGUGAUUAUCCCUUCAAGCCUCCCCAGGUAGUAUUCAAAACACGCAUUUACCACUGCAAUGUAGACCCUGAUGGCCUUGUUAGUAUGGGAAUAUUGAAGGAUGAUUGGAGUCCAGCACUGACAAUUACUAAGGUGCUACUUGCAGUUAGAUCAAUUUUGACAAAUCCUGAUCCUUAUAAUAAUGCUGUUGUCCCUGGUAUUGCUCACUUGUAUUUGAGAGACAGAGCAAAACAUGACGAUAUUGCUGCAGAGUGGACUGUCAGAUUUGCCAAGUGAAUGUGAUACAAGUGCCCUUUGAUUGGUUUACAUCUUCUAUAUAAUGUUCCAAUAUUUAUGUAAAUGAGAAUGAUAGCUGAUACUUCACAAUAACAACAUUAUCUCCUCCAUUCUCGUUGUUCCUGUGAGUGCCUUAGUUGAUCUUCAUAGUUACAAGUGGAUAAUGAUCAUUAUGACAUGCUUUUAAUUAUUUUCAUAGUUCUUGUUUUUAUUUAUUUUGUUAUAUUAAAUUUGUUUACUUAACCAAAUAUGGGGAAACAUGACUUUUAAAUUUA